ACUUGUAAAUACAGCGGCUUUUCAAAAAGCUUCCAGGCUCUGCCUUGUUUUCUGUUCUCGAAGAUGUCGUGCCUUAACUACAGCAAAUGGGAUCAUAUCGAGGUUUCUGAUGAUGAAGAUGAUACUCAUCCAAAUAUCGAUACACCUAGUUUAUUUCGAUGGCGACAUCAAGCACGUUUAGAAAGAGAUGCUGCUUGGAAAAAAGAAAGAACAGAAUUUGAAACAAAUUAUAAAUCAUUUUUAACAAAAUAUAAUGAAAUGAAACGUAAAUUAAAUCAAGCUAAAGAGACUAAAUCUGAUAAUUUGCAAGAAUUACAAAAAAAAUUUGAUGAACUUGAAUUAGAAGCAAAAGAAUGGUCAGUCAAAGAAGCUGAAAUAAAAAAGAAAGAACGACUUCGACCAUUGAAUAUUGAUACAAUUUGUAAAGAUUCCAAAUCAAAGACAAUUAUUAAUUCAUCUAAAUUAAAAUAUGAAGAGAAUAUGAAUUCAACAGUGAAUUCAGAAGAAGCAGCAGUAAAUCGUUUAAAAGAUCAUGUGGCUAAAUAUGGCAAAGAUAUACAAAAAUAUGGACUAUUUCAAAGACCAUUAGAUUCACAAGCAUUUCUAUUGGAACAUCCACAAUUAGUAUGUGAAGAAACAGCGAAUCAACUUGUUAUUCAAUGUAUUGAUUUAGCUAUGAAUGAGAAAUUUGAAUUAAUGAAACAUGUAUCACAUCAGUGUAUAGUAAUGCAGUUUAUGCUUGAGUUGGCAAAAUCAUUAAAAGUUGAUCCAAGAUCUUGUAUUCGACCAUUUUUUGCCAAAUUUAUGAAUCCUGAACCAGAAUAUCAAAAAGCUUUUAAUGAUGAACUUGCUGCAUUUCGUGAAAGAAUUCGAGCUCGAGCAAAAGUUCGUUUAGAAGAAGCAAUGAUGCAAAUUGAAGAGGAAGAAAGACAAAAACGUCUCGGUCCUGGUGGUCUAGAUCCAGUUGAAGUGUUCGAAUCAUUACCAGCGAAUCUUCAAGAAUGUUUCGAGAAAAAAGAUGUUGAACUAUUAAAAACGGUAUUAUGCAGUAUGGAUCCACAAGACGCGGAGUAUCAUAUGAAACGAUGCGUUGACAGUGGUCUAUGGGUAGAUAAUGCACGUGGUGAACAACAAGAACAUGAACACGAAGAGGAGGAGGCGGCGGCGGCUGCGAAUGCAGCGGAGAACGUUGAAUCAUCGUCAAACGGACGUGAUCAUGAUGAGAAUGCUACUACAGCUACAGCUACAAGUCGUCAGCCUGAAGAGAAAAAAACCGAUCAAUGAUAAUAAUGCUUAACAUGGUAAUGCAGUGUGUUACUUCUUUGUCUGCUUCUUUGAGUGUGUGUACGCUUUUGGCUAUCGAGAACUUUCUUCUUGUCUCAUCACUGACUGUCUUCGUCUACUUACCUACUUACCUACCUACAUACACGCAUACGUACAUAUUUCAUCAUCAUAUCCAAUCAUUAAUUUGGUUCAACAGCUCUUCUUCUUCUCUUGAUACACUUUUUUUUUUAUCACGUCAUGUGAUACAAUGAUAAUGAUAAUUAUAGGUGUGUUCAUUAUUAUUGGCUUGGAUUUUGUUUUUUUCUGUGAAGAAUUCGAUCCAUUGAUUUUUGAUUUGUCGUAUAUAUAUAUAUGUAUAAGCACAUUGUUUUAUUUUCUGUCACAUGACCAAUUGAUUAAUGAUAUCGUAUAAUACAUGUGCACGUAAAUAAUAAUAACUUAACGUAUUAUACUU